AUGUUAUCUUAUGUUCUAUGCAACAUAUCAGUCCAUGGGGGCGGGGCGGGGAGGCGGUAUUACAUAAGCCAUCUCCAGGCCACCGCGACAGCUCCAGAUCAUCCAAGCUCCGACUUAUUGGUUCGGGCCUUGAUAGCUGCAGCCUCAAUUACCUCCACUAUGGCUUCGCUCUUCUUCUCUACCCCGGUCGACAUCGAUGUGGUCCUCGAAGACCUCGAUGAGCGCCAGACCGUUGACGUCAAGCUCGACAAGGGCCGCCGCGAGCGGGUCCCUCUGUACAUGGACGGCGAGUCCGUCAAGGGUGCCGUGACCAUCAGACCGAAGGAUGGCAAGCGACUGGAACACACGGGGAUCAAGGUGCAAUUUAUUGGCACAAUUGAGAUGUUCUACGAUCGAGGCAACCAUUAUGAAUUCCUUUCGCUGGUCCAGGAGCUCGCCGCGCCCGGCGAGCUGCUCCACCCGCAGACCUUCCCCUUCAAUUUCAAGAACGUCGAAAAGCAAUACGAGUCUUACAAUGGUAUCAACGUCAAGCUGCGCUACUUUGUCCGGGUGACCGUCUCGCGGCGCAUGGCGGACGUCAUUCGGGAAAAGGACUUGUGGGUGUACUCGUACCGCAUGCCACCUGAGAACAACAGCCCCAUCAAGAUGGACGUCGGUAUCGAGGACUGCCUGCAUAUCGAAUUUGAAUACUCCAAAUCCAAGUACCAUCUCAAGGAUGUGAUUGUUGGUCGUAUCUAUUUCUUGCUCGUGCGGCUCAAGAUCAAGCAUAUGGAAUUGUCUAUCAUUCGACGGGAGACAACGGGAUCACCGCCAAAUCAAUAUAACGAGAGUGAGACCUUGGUGCGCUUUGAGAUUAUGGACGGUUCGCCAUCGAGAGGUGAAACCAUUCCGAUCCGUCUGUUCCUUGGUGGAUUUGACUUGACGCCGACAUUCCGCGAUGUUAACAAGAAGUACUCGACAAGGUACUAUCUCAGUCUCGUACUGAUUGACGAAGACGCCCGCCGCUACUUCAAACAAUCCGAAAUUGCGCUCUACCGCCAAGCCCCCGAGAUCGCCCCGAACCCCCAGAUCGCACAGCAGCAGCAGAUCCAGCAGCAGAUGCUCCUAGAGCAACAGCGCCAGCAGCCCGCUCUUCCCCCGGGCUCUGCUACCGCUGGACCCGGCAGAGAAGCCGCGCCGCUUCGGCAGGAGCCUCAGCCUGUUCCCGCGCCCGCAGCAUAG